AUGGCUACACCAAGUGAACCCCAGUAUUUCGAGUAUAUUGUUAUCGGCUGCGGCGGUAUUGGUAGUGCUGCAACGUAUUGGCUUGCAAAGAGAGCUGGCAAAGAUGUAUUGGGACUGGAGCAAUUCAAACUUGGACAUGAUAACGGUGGAUCACAAGACCACUCUCGUAUUAUUCGAAUGCUAUAUCACGAAGAGUGUUAUACCAAGCUAGUACGAGAUACGUAUACAACGUUUGAAGAAGUUGAAAAAGAAUCCGGCGUACAGUUAGUGUACAGAUGCGGCGGAUUGGAAUUUACAAGAGCAGAUCAACCACAGGCGUUUAAACUUGACUUGUGGGCCGACGCUAUGGCUAAACAAAAUAUACCAUUUGAACGCCUGAGUGGAGAACAGAUUUGUAAGAGGUUUCCCCAGUUCACAACUGGACCUAACAUUACUGGGUUGUAUCAGAAGGACUCUGGUCUGGUAGAUGCUGCCAUGGCUAACGCUACUCAUAUACAAUUAGCGAGAAAACAUGGCGCGACGAUUCGGGAAAACUGUAAAGUUCUGAAGUUGGAGAAAGAUAAAGAUGGUUACAUGAAAGUCUACACCAAUCAGGGACUCUUUCGUUGUCGUCGUGUUGUCAUCACGUCAGGUGCAUGGACAAACCACGUGUUGGGUUCUGUUGGUGUACAUAUCCCCUUGACAGUUACCCAGGAACAAGUUACUUACUUUGCUACGCCAAACAUAAAAGAAUUCACCAAGGACAACUUUCCAGUAUGGAUAUUCCACGAUCCAGGAUACGACUUUUAUGGCUUACCGAUCCACGGUAACACCGGCAGUAAGAUCGGAAUCGAUGCAGGGGGACCGUCAGUUACACCAGAAACUAGAACAUAUAACCCUGAUCCAAUCAGAGAGAAAUUGUGUAUGGAAUUCUUCGGGAAGUAUAUACCAAAGGCACUUGGUCCGAAGUUGUACACAAAAACCUGUUUGUAUGCCAUGCCACCCGACAGAAAUUUUGUAAUUGAUACGUUGACUGCAAAAGGGUUUCCACAGGUGAUUGUAUGUAAUGGUGCCGGGCACGCAUUCAAAUUUAGCUGUUUGCUGGGCAAGAUACUUAGCCAGAUGGCAAUCGAUGGGAACAGUCAAUAUCCAAUAGACGUGUUCAGAUUAGACAGACCGGCGCUCACUGAUCCCAGCUUUAAAAACGACUUUCACUUCGAUGAUAUUAAGUUGAAUGCAGGGAAGAAGCAAGCCAAGCUUUAAUAUUGAUGACUGCCUCGAGCGGCAAAGUAAUAAACGCAUUGGACUUAAGAUUAUUUCUGUUAAAUUGGAUCGUAUAAUUCAUGCGUAGGA